UCUUCAGUUACAGCCAUGGAUUUGGAUUUUCUACACUUUGAUGCUACGUUUGAAAAAGCAAUCUCCAGUACUGGCUUUGGUCGGUUCCACUUCAGUCUCCUCGCCGUAUGUGGUCUUAUCUACCUCGACACUGCCCUGGAAAUCACUAUCCUCUCCUUUGUUCUCCCGGCAGCUAAAUGUGACUUCAACAUGUCUUCUAGUGAUCAAGGGUACCUCACUGCGGCACCUAUGUUAGGAAUGGUACUUGGGUCGUACUUCUGGGGCUGCCUUGCUGACCUGUGGGGCCGCAAACUUGUGCUCAUAGCGUCUCUGCUGAUGGAUGGAAUCUGCGGUAUGGCAUCCAGUAUCAGUCCUUGGUACCCUCUCUUCUUUUGCUUCAGGUUCCUCAGUGGGUUCGGGAUUACGGGGGCUAUGGGAAUUGUAUUUGCCUAUCUGGGAGAGUUCCAGCCGACCAAAUACCGAGAAAAGAUCCUCAGCUGGAUGGAGCUAUUCUGGACUGCUGGAGUCAUAUUAUUGCCCCUAACGGCGUGGGCUAUCAUUCCGCUGAGGCUGCGGUACGAGAGCACUUUCCUUCGGGUUGACUCUUGGAACGUGUUCGUGGCGGUGUGCUCUGUGCCGUCGCUGCUGUUGGCGCUGUGGCUCAGCCGGUUCCCUGAGAGCCCGAAGUACCUUCUGGAAGUGGAGGAGUAUGACAAGUCACUGGAAGUGCUGCGGUGUAUGUAUUCCACCAACACCGGACAGCCACCGGACAACUACCCGAUAAUAAGUCUCAAGGAGAAGAAGAGAGGAUUGAGUGUAGUCAGCAUUCAGUCCAACCGCAGCGUAAAAUGUGUCAAGGAUUUAAAAUGCCUUUUGUCCGACGUUUGGGAAAUGACCAAGAUCUUGUGUAGACCUCCAUACCGCAAGUCUACUCUGCUAACCUGCCUCAUACAGUUCGGCCUCACCUCUGGCUACUACACAUUUAUGAUGUGGUUCCCCGAGCUGUUUCACCGGUUUCAGCGGUUCGAGGCUCAGCACCCCGGACAGCCGACUUCCAUCUGUCAAGUGUCAUCUGUCCUACUAGACGACCAGGGCCCGUGUGACCCUACCAUCGACACCUCCGUGUACCUCAACACAGUCAUCAUCGGCCUGUCCUGUGUGCCGACCAGUUUCUGGCUACCCCUCUGCGUGCGGAGACUCGGCACCAAAUUCUUCCUCGUGUUCUGCCUGAUGGUGCCUGGAGUCGUGGCAUUGGGACUCUAUUUCGUGCAGAACUCCUGGCAAAAUCUUGUACUCUCUUGUGUAUUUGAAGCUCUCACGAGUGUGGGCAUCAGUACCGUGUACUGUACUCUGGUGGACCUUUUCCCGACCAACCUCAGGGUGAUGGCAGCUGCAUUGUCUCUUACAUUUGGUCGUUCGGGGGCACUUUUUGGGAAUCUCAUUUUUGGAUACCUCAUAGAUCUUAACUGCUUUGUACCCAUCGUCACGUUCUCAGUGUUUCUACUUGGUAGUGGUUUUCUGUGUCUCUUUCUGCCAAACACUGGGAGAGAAGAACUGAACUGAUUUGUUAUUGUAUACUUUUGUUACUGUUUGAUAUCUUUAUUAAAGAAAUUUUCAGAAAAAUGAAAAACCCAUAUUUUUAUAAUUUCAAACUUUGUGAGUGGUGUUUAUGUACUAACAUAAAUCAAGUUUAUGGCG